GUUGUGUUUAACCUUUUUCUUUUGAGUAUAAAAAGGCAAAAGCAGUCUGUCCUUCCCACCCCUUCUCCGGCGUGCAUUUACUUCCGCAUUCUAAAGGGCGCAAUUAAAAGACCAAAAUGUCUUCUGGUAUAAGUCCAAAUUCUGAUUGUUCGGCGAAAUGGGAUGAAUUGAUGCAAAAAAGGCUUCACAGCUAUAUUGUUUACAAAAUAAGCGAUGACGCAAAGCAAAUAGAAGUCGAUAGAUGUGGAGAGAAAAAAUCGGUGAAAGGGAAGGGAGGUGACGAUGAAGCUACUGAUUUUCAAGACUACGACGAUAUGAUUGAGUACAUUAAAUCCCUUGGAGAGAAGGAGUGCCGUUAUAUUGUCUUCGACUGCGACUUUUCCAAUACCAAGCUGAACAAGGUUCUUUUUAUUUUAUGGUGUCCAGACACUGCCAAUAUCAAGAACAAGAUGGUGUACACUGCAAGCCAAAAAGGCCUUUGUGAGAAGUUAACUGGCGCAAAAACCAUGGUGCAGUGCAAUGAUUUUUCUGAUCUUGCAUGGAAAGACCUCUCCGAAAAGGCUACACGAUUCUCUACCAAGUAGGCCAACAACAUGCUGAGAUGUUCAACUUGAUUAUGCAUUGGCAUAGUGGACAUGUAAUCCUAUAAUCAAUGUAAACAAAACAUACACCUUGCGGUUUUGUUGAGAAAUAAAGCUACUAUUACUCCUUUUUGCUGUGUUUUAUUUAGGUUUAACAACAAGGAUAUAUACAAAAAUCUGUGUUAAUAUUAUAACUUUGUACUGUUGUUUGAAAUACUCUGAAUCUUGAUAGAAGAGAUGGUAUUAUUAUAUUAGUAUUGAAACUGAUAUUCACUGCUGGUCAGGUUUGGUUAAGGGGACCAUUUCUGUGUUUUUAUAUCUAUUAACUGGAUGUAAAAACUUCUGCUAUUAUUUUCAACAUCCUUGUUGUAUAUUUUUUAAGGUCUAGCAAGUUCUUGUUUGAAUCAUUGCUGUUAUGGACUAGGCUCAAUAUCUCAUGUCAUAAAGUAAUGCUUGGUUGGCUGCUAGAAAGAACACUUUAAAUGUAAAAAAUGAAUUUAAUUAUUCUAAAAUUCUUAUUCUCUUUCAAAAAAAAAGAAAGAUCAUAUUAUAAAACGUGCUUAAAGAUGCUUUAGCUGAAAUUAACUUUAAUUAUGAAUAUCACCAUUUCCAAUUAAGAAAGAAACAUAUUUUUUCCCAAUCUUUUUUUACAGUUCAUUAUCUCACCAUUUCAAUUUGACUCUUGUUGACAAAUAUUUUUCUGAGUUUAAAGGGACUAUUUCAUACUGUAUAAAGUCAAACAUUUGUUUUUAGCUCUUGGGAAAAUGCUGAUGAAAAUCUGUUCAAAUAAGACCUUUAGUUUUAGUUAUUUCUUAAAAAUUUAAGAGAAAAGGCUCUAUUUUGCUGAAAGCAUUAGUAACGCUAAUCAUAUUCGGUCUGGUUUUCCAAGAAAAUGUUCAGUUGAUAUUCUGCCAGUAACUUUACCGUAUUUGUUCUUGAAAAUACUUAAAAUAUCUAAUUUUUAAGAAUGAUAUAAAAAUUGUCACCAACAUCAUAUUUGUGAGCGAGUCCCUUUAAAAUGAAUUUGUAAUGUGUAUAGUAGGCUUUCUUAAGGUGCACAUACACCCACUUCACUGAACUUAAUUUCUUAGCUUCAUGCUGUUAUCGAUGUCUAUAUUCCAAAUAAUUUACAAGCUUUCUGUAUCAUUUUGUGUAGUAAAUAAAUAUUCUGUAAAAUUG